AUGGAGAAGAAACCGGCCCGUACCACCUCCCUGCUCACGCUCCUGCUCCUACUUGCUGCAUGUGAGGCCCCCGCCCCUCCUCUAUCUCUCUCUCUCUCUCUCUCUCUCAAGUGUGUUGUGUUGUGGUGUGUUUUCAGGGGAGGCGGUGGAGGGGAGGGUAUGCGAGUUCCCGAGCAGCAUCUUCAAGGGGCUCUGCUGGAGGGACAGGAACUGCGCCAACGUCUGCCACGCUGAGGGCCACGGCGGCGGCCACUGCGAGGGCGUCCGCCGCCGCUGCAUCUGCCAGAAGCCCUGUUGA